UUGUUGAAACCUGCACACGUGGAAAAGAACAAGCCUCGCUUAAUUUGUAUCGGGAAGACGGAAGCCUCGAGUGAUGACCCAGUGCUUUUGAUUCUAGAAUCACAAUGAGUUGUUGAGAAAGUGACAAAUUUUAAUGUUUGAAAAUUCUGACUCAAAAUGACCAAAACGAAGGAUUCUUUUAUCGUAAAUUCUGGGUCUGAUGAAGAUACAGUUGAUCCAAAAGAAGUUCCAUGGUGGACAUCAAGUCGUCUUGGCUUAGCUGCCCUGGGUUUCUUUGGAUUUAUAAAUCUUUAUGCCCUAAGAUUCAAUCUCAGUGUAGCUAUUGUAUGCAUGGUCAAUGGAACAGCAAUACGUUUAAAGUCAUCAGAAGAGGCAAACCUGUCCAACAAAACAAAUUCUGCUCCAUCAAAUCAGUACUUUGAAAGUAGCUGUGGAUUAAUAUCUGCAGACAGCAAUUCAACUGUACUACAGGAAUAUGAGGAUGGUGACAUAGUGUGGGAGAAAACAACCCAGGGCCUAAUACUGGGGGCCUUUUUCUGGGGUUAUCUCGCUACACAAAUUCCAGGAGGAUGGCUAGCUGUCAAGGUCGGAGGGAAGAGAGUCAUUGGUCUCAGUAUGGCUUUAUGCUCGCUCUGCACAUUUUUGACCCCCAUUGCUGCCCAGACUGGAUAUGUCUUCUUAAUGAUAAUCAGAAUUAUCCUGGGUAUUGCUUCUGGUACAGUUUUCCCAGCCAUGCACACAGUAUGGGGAAAAUGGGCUCCCCCUCUAGAACGGAGCAAACUGACAGCAUUUACCUAUGCAGGAGGCAUAGCAGGAAUAGUAAUAACUUUCCCAAUUGCAUCUUUAUUGUGCAAGUAUGGCUUUGCUGGUGGAUGGCCUUCUAUUUUCUACAUAACGGGCAUUACUAACACAGUAUGGGUUGUGCUAUGGAUGCUUCUAACCAGCGAUUCACCAGAAGGACACAAAAGGAUUUCUCAUAUUGAGAAGCUGUAUAUAAGACAGUCACUUAAAAAUACAGCCCACAAAGAAGAAGGCAAAGAUCUGAAGGUUCCUUGGAAGAAUAUAUUCACAUCUUUACCAGUGUAUGCCAUUGUUAUUUCUAACGUGGCAUGUGAUUGGGGAGGCUACACCCUCCUGACUAAUAUUCCUACCUAUAUGAAGGAAGUUCUAAAAUUAGACAUUACCUCCAAUGGUUUCUACUCUGCUCUGCCCUACGUUGGUUUCUGGGGUGUGAUCAACAUUGCUGGCAUACUAGCAGACUUCACACAAAAACGUUUGUCAACCACUGCCACCCGUAAAUUGUUUGAUAUCUCAGGUAAGGUUAUACCAGCAUUGCUCCUAAUAGGUCUUGGGUACUUAGACUGCACGAUGAAGGGUCUGGCCAUUGCUUUGUUGACCCUGGGAGUCAGUUUAUCUGGCCUGCAGUACAGUGGAUUCCUCAUCAAUCACAUGGACAUUGCCCCAGCAUUUGCAGGAAUCUUGUUCGGAAUCACGAACGCUGCAGGUGCCAUUACAGGGUUCAUAUCGCCAGCUGUUGUUGGACUCAUCACAGAGGAGAACCAGAGUCAGUCUGAGUGGCAGGUAGUCUUUUAUGUAGCAGCUGCCAUCUACCUCGGGAGUGCUUUAUUCUAUCUGGUCUUUGGCUCAGGACAACUUCAGAAGUGGGCCAUGGAGGAAAAGACAUUGGAAGUAGAGGAGCUGAACAUAUUAGAAGAUAAAUCAGGGACCUUUAAAAACAAAGAUAUGGAGAAUGCAUGAAAUUUAGAGAUAUAUGUAUGUUAAUGAUACAUAUAGUUAUGGAAGAAAUUAUCAGAUUAGAAGAACACAUCUGCUAUAAGGUAACUUGGGCAUUUUAGGUGAUGGGUGUACAUUCAAAGCCGUGGGAAGGUCAGUGGUUCAAUAAAUACCUCCAUAGUGUAGCUAAGGGAAUUUUCAUCAUGCUGAUCAUUUUCCUGUCAUAAAGGCAUAUAUUUUAUAUAUAAACUUAUUUAAGAAAGUUAUUUCUCCCAUUACCAAUUAUAUGUAUCAGCACUUCUGUGAUGGAAUUCUUUGUUUUGGCUCUUUAGUAUUUAGAGAAUACAGAUCAAUUAUAAUGUCACGUUGCUUUUAUAUGUAAUGUGUUUGGAGCAAGACUAGGUUUUUAAUGUUCAUUUAUAUUUGAAGAUUUUUAGUAGAGUAAAGGGGAAAAAGGGUUCAAUAAUUUGUGUAAUUUUAGUUACCAGUUUUAUUCAUUGCAGCUAAAGUUCCUUAACAUUUUUAAUUGUCAAUAGGUGCUUCGCAAGCCUCCUGUCUAUUGACAAUUAAAAAAUUGAGGAACUCAAGUUGGAAAAAAAACAAUAGCUAAUGCACAAAAGCGCACAAGAUAUGGAACCUAGUAUACAUGUAUUUCAGUACAUUGGAAUUCAAAUGAGAGUAGCUAGACUACAUACUACAAGUCAUGAACAAGCUAGAAGUUGAUUUCUUUUUAUUUCAUAAUAUUAUAUUCUAAAAUUAAUAUAUUUUUUCGAUACAUUGUCUCAUUACAAGAUUUCAUAAUAUUGUCUCAUAUUUCAGCCAUAUUGACAGAUUUCUGAUAUUCUUAUUGUAUUCAUUACAUCCUUUAUAACUUAUUUUUGAUCUCAC